AUGAGACUUGAAUUGAAAUUGGGGAAGAUUAUACGGAGUAAAAAGAGGGACAGGUGCCCGCGCUUUUGGACUUCGCCAGCACGACUCAAAAUGUCGUUGAGAACAAAACUCAAACACCUUACACUCAUUCAACGCGCCACCAGCCGCUACCUGUCUCACCUCUCUCACCACAACAAUCACCAUCCUCCGCCGCCGCUUCCGCCAGCACCUCAGUUAGAAGACCCACACAACCAACUCAAAGAAGAUCCAUUUGGAAUUCUUUCAGACCUCUGGGUCAAGACCUUCACCCAAUCUUACAAGCCAUUCAACAACCUCUCUGGCUUUCUAUCCAAAUUCGAUCUCUGGGUCCUUGCCUAUCAGCGCACCUGCGCCAAUGUCACCGGAACUUUCCCUCAUAAAAACUCCAUCUAUAUCAAUACACUUUCCGACCUUCUAUCCCUAAAAAACGCAGUCGUUCGUAACCACUUUCAAUGGAAUUCCAAAACUCAGCAGUUCAUUCGCAGCCCUAAUGAUAAGCCCAUUAAUUUGCUCUCCAAACGCAAGCUCAACUCCGUUUUGGCAUCCAAGACGCCGCCUUUUCAGGACCUGGUGGUUCAGGAAGUUUUGUUGAUGAUUCUGGAGCCAGUUUUUGAGCCGCAGUUUUCUUCGAAAUCUCACGCCUUCCGUCCAGGUAGGAAUCCUCAUACUGUCAUUAGAACCAUCAGGAGCAACUUUGCUGGGUACUUGUGGUUUAUAAAAGGUGAUAUAAGUGAGAUUCUUGAUAAUGUUGACGUUAAUGUGGUAAUGGGUUGUGUCGAAAAAGCGGUGAAAGACAAAAAAGUUUUGAAUCUGAUUAAAUCAGGGUUGAAAGGUCCACCACGAAAUUUUACAUGCGGGGAAGAUAUUGGCGAGAAAGUAAGUAAGAGGAAAAGAAAGAAGGGUCAGACGAGGAAGAGGUUAUUGAAUGAGAAUGAGCCGAAGCCAGACCCAUAUUGGUUGAGGACAUUCUUUGAUUUUGCCCCGGAGGAGGCUGCAAAGAUACCUAAUUACGGUUACUGUGGAAUUCUUAGUCCUUUACUGGUUAAUGUUUGUCUUAAUGAGCUUGAUCAUAUGAUAGAAGAUCGAUUGAUCAAAUUCUUUAAGCCUUGUGAAUCAGAUUCUAUAUGGAAGUAUUCGAUGAAGGAUAGUUGUCAUAACCCUUCUUGGCCGGAGUUUGUGCCUACUAGUGGGAAGGAAAAGACUAGGAAAAUGGAUUAUAUCAGGUUUGGAGGUCAUUUCCUGAUUGGUAUUAGGGGACCAAGAGAGGAUGCGGUGGGAAUUAGAAAAGAAAUAAUUGAGUUCUGUGAGAGUAAAUUCGGGAUUAGGUUGGACAAUUCUAAGGUUGAAAUUGAGCAUAUCACUAGGGGGAUUCAGUUUUUGGAUCAUAUCAUUUGUCGGCGGGUUGUACACCCCACUCUUCGGUACACUUCAAGUGAAGGUAAGAUUGUGAGUGAAAAAGGCGUUGGGACUUUGCUUUCGGUCACUGCUAGCUUGCAACAGUGUAUUCGCCAGUUUAGGCGGCUUGCAUUUGUGAAGGGUGAUAGGGAUCCAGAGCCACUGCCUUGCACUCCCAUGCUGUAUUCGGGUCAAGCUCAUACUAAUGCUCAGAUGAAUAAGUUCCUUGAGAGCAUGGCUGAUUGGUAUAGAUAUGCAGAUAACAGGAAGAAAAUUGUUGGGUUUUGUGCUUAUGUGAUCCGCAGCUCUCUAGCUAAAUUGUAUGCAGCAAGGUAUAGACUGAAAUCACGUGCCAAGGUGUACAAGAUUGCUUCACGUGAUCUUAGCCGUCCAUUGAGGGAAAGUAGCAAUAAUGCUGCCCCGGAGUAUUCUGAUCUUUUGAGGAUGGGACUUGUUGAUGCCAUUGAAGGUGUUCAGUUUUCUCACAUGUCUUUGAUUCCAUCAUGUGAUUAUACUCCAUUUCCGAGAAGCUGGGUCCCCGAUCACGAGAGAGUGUUGCGAGAGUAUAUCCAAUUACAAAACCCUAAAUUCUUCUGUCAACUGAACAAGUUAGUUAAACAACAAGGUCUUUGUUUUCCUCAAGAUGAGAUAUCUAAGAUUGUGUGGGACUACAAAACUCUAGGAAUCUUCAACAACCGGUUUAAUGGCGAUAAAGAGUCAGAAAAUGCUUCUCACAAAGUGAUGCCAGCACCGUAG